CCAGCACUCUUUUCUUGAUGACUGCUUCAGUCUCUGGCAAUCAAACUGGAGUCAAUGUUUUAUUCCAUCAUCCAGAGUUGACCAGAUGCCUUGGUUAUGGGCUCUUACAGGCAAUAGCUUGCUUGAUGGACAUGAAUGCGUUGUUGGACAGAUUUCACAAUUACAUCCUACCGCAUCUGAGAGGGGAGGACCGAGUUUGUCACUGCAACUGUGGAAGGCACCACGUGCAUUAUGUCAUCCCUUACGACGGGGACCAGUCGGUGGUGGAUUCCUCGGAGAAUUACUUCGUGACCGACAAUGUGACCAAGCAGGAGAUCGACCUGAUGCUGGGGCUCUUGCUGGGCUUUUGUAUAAGCUGGUUCCUGGUGUGGAUGGACGGGGUUCUGCACUACGCCGUGCGCGCCUGGCGGACCAGCCGGCGCUACGACAACUCCUGGUCCUGGAUCCCCAAGUUCUGUAACCUGAAGGAGCUGAGGAAGCGCCAGCACCGGCAGUACGAGGAGGCCACCGGGAACAUGGUGCACAUCAAACAGAAGCUGUACCACAACGGGCACCCCAGCCCCCGGCACCUCUGAGGGACCCCAGCCCCAGGGGGGCUUUUAACCCACACAGGACCCUGCUCUCCCUGCCGGGGAACAGCUCUGGUUUGCUCCCCAGCCCGCUGAGGACACGGAUUUUAGGGAUGUCCGUGGGUGGACACGCCACGAUGCACAACUAAGCCAGUCCUGGAUGCUCUGCAGCCAAGGCUUUGCACUGUGUUCCACAUUUUAUUGUCAGACUCGUGUAUAUAUGUAAAAAAAACAAAAAAAAA